GUGACCUUUCGCUUUACGGCAGAGCGGCAUGUGGAGGUCAGAGAUGUAACCACGACCAGAAACAGAAAACUAUACUGAUCUUUAAACGUUAGCACUGAAUAAACGGUUUUGCCAACCACAAAAACACAACAAGAAGAAGAAAUAUCAACAACUUAUGACUGUAAUAUCUACGGCAUUAAGAAGAAUAUAAUCGCUCGGCCAAGUUGUGGAUCUCGGUAACGUUAUUUACACCGUGAGUCAGGCAGGAAAUCAUCUGGUCAGCUUUCUGUAUCACAUCUAAAGAAAUGGAUAAUAAUAAUUCACCCGGAUCAGGAGGGCUAAGAGGGGGUUUGGGAAGCCUCUUCGGCGGAGGAGCACCCGAAUAUUCAAAUACUGAGCUCGCAGGAGUACCAUUGACUGGUAUGAGCCCUCUUUCGCCCUACCUCAACGUUGACCCUCGUUACCUUGUACAGGACACAGAGGAGUUCAUUUUGCCAACUGGGGCAAAUAAAACGCGUGGUCGCUUUGAGCUGGCUUUCUUUACCAUUGGGGGAUGCUGUAUAACAGGUGCUACUUUCGGCACACUAAAUGGGCUCCGAAUGGGUCUGAAGGAAACGAGAGACAUGCCGUGGUCAAAACCCAGAAAUGUACAGAUUUUGAACAUGGUCACACGGCAAGGAGCAUCUUGGGCCAACACGCUAGGAUCUGUGGCUCUUCUAUAUAGCGUGUUUGGUGUUGCCAUUGAGAAGGCCAGGGGUGCAGAAGAUGACCUCAACACAUUAGCGGCUGGAACUUUGACGGGUUUGCUCUAUAAAUCCACAAGUGGACUCAAAGGAGCUGCCAGGGGAGGCCUUGUUGGUUUGGCUAUGUCAGGACUGUAUGCUCUAUACAACAACUGGGAUCACCUGAAGGGGGCGUCACCUUCACGUUAUUGAGCAUGACGGAGAGCUCAAACCAUGGACUUAUUUUGACUCUAAGCUCAUUUUUAGCCUUUAUCACCAACUCAUCUUCCUGUUCAAACUUUUGGAAAAGCAUCUGUUUCUUAUUGAGUGAACCCAUGGACCAUCACAUGUACAGGCUUCUUUAGACGUUUAUUGAGUAUAAAAUAUUUAAUCGGCGGACCCAGAUCAUCUACAGAUGUAAAAUGCUUUGCUUGGAAUUUGCUGUCAAUAGAAAAAUCAUUAUUAAGUCUUAUUGAUUUGUUGUUUAUGUAUGUGUUGCGGUUGACAUCAGUUGCAGCUCAGUCCAGAUGGUCAAGAAACACUGUGUCCUUUAAAGGGAUAGUUCACCCAAAUUAUCAUUUACUCACACUCAUGUUGUAACAAACCUGUAUACAUUUCUUUGUUAUGAUGAACACAAAGGAAGAUAUUUUGAGUAAUGUUUCUAGCCAAACCGUUUGUGAGCCCCAUAGUAGGAUAAAGAAUACUAUGAAAGUGGAUGGGGCUUACAAUUUGUUUGAUUAUGAACAUUCCUCAAAAUAUCUUCAUACGUGUUCAUCAGAACAAAUAAAUGUAUACAGGUUUGUAACGACACGAGAUGAGAGAAAUUACAUUUUUGGGUGAACUUUCCCUUUAAGUUUGAUCUGUUUUCGUUGUGCACUGAUGAUUAAAAUGUUGUCAGUGGUGGUUGGGUUAAAAUUGUGUAAUUUGUUUGUACAUAACUGGCCACAUAAGCUCUGCUAAAAUCUAAAAUAAAACCCAUUUAAGAGUUUACUACA